AUGACCGCCAACGUACCAGCAGAAGGCGUCUCUUUCUUCACCCCUGAGCAACUCCCUCCUGCUGGGACUGCUGCUGCUUCUCAACCUGAUGAUAAGCCCAUACCGGCUCUUUUUCAACCGCUCACGAUACGAGGGUUGACUGUGCAGAACAGGAUCUUUGUAUCGCCCAUGUGCCAGUAUUCAGCGAAGGACGGCAAGAUAACCCCAUGGCAUUUCGCGCACCUUGGCGGCAUCUUCACACGUGGUCCCGGACUUACGUUCACUGAAGCUACAGCAGUCCUUCCAGAGGGCCGUAUUACUCCUGAAGACUCUGGUAUCUGGUCGGAUGAACAUGCAGCCCUCUGGGCACCUAUCGUCGAGUUUGCGCAUUCACAGAACCAGAAGAUCGCAAUGCAGCUGGGACACGCUGGCCGCAAAGCAUCCACGAUCGCGCCUUGGUUACCUGGGACUAAUUUGGCGACAACGGAGCUCGGAGGAUGGCCUGAUCACACCUAUGCUGCAUCGCCGCUUCGAUUUAGUGAUGACUAUCCGUUGCCGAACGAGAUAUCGAAGCAGGGGAUCAAAGAGGUGGUCGACGCCUUCAAGAAGGCGGCCGAAAGAGCUGUGAAAGUUGGAUUUGAUGCUCUCGAGGUUCACGGCGCGCAUGGCUACUUGUUGUUUGGGUUCUUGAGCCCCACGAGUAAUCAUCGCACAGAUGAAUAUGGCGGAAUCUUUGAAAACCGAAUUCGCAUCGUGUUGCAAGUUAUUGAUGCGAUAAGGUCUGUGAUACCCCCCGAAAUGCCGUUUUUCUAUAGAAUAUCAGGCAGCGAAAAUGUUGAGCAGACGCUCCCCGAUGUCCCCUCAUGGCGUUCGGAGGAUACCGUCAGAAUCGCGCCUAUUCUUGCAGCUCACGGUGUCGAUGUUUUGGAUGUGUCUUCUGGCGGCAACAAUAGCAAACAGAAGAUUACUCCUGGCCCUGCUUAUCAAUCACCGUUGGCGCAUGCCGUGAAGAAGACCAAUCCUGGAUUGCUGGUUGCCACUGUAGGAGGUAUAACGGACGGUCACACGGCGCAAGGCGUGUUGGAAAAUGGACUAGCCGAUGUAGUAUUGUGCGGCAGAGCCUUCCAACAGAACCCCGGUCUCGUGUUAAGAUAUGCACAGGAUCUUGAUGUAGACAUACAUCUUGCGCACCAGAUACAAUGGGGCUACAAGAUGGGAAGGAGAACUCGACGAGCAAAAGCUAGCUAG